AUGAAGCCUAAGAUUCAAGGUCAUUGCUUGAGAAUCUCGCUAAUGGUAAACGAGUCGGCUCCAGAGGUCACGAUGAAACAUGAAACUAAGCCGGAAGGCACCGCCAAGAUGGUGUUGCUGGUGGAGGAGAAUUUUGAAGACGGUAGUGUGAAGCGCGCCAGAGCAUCCACCACAGCUACCUUUCAUCUUCUAGCAAAGCAAAAUUGUUGUUUAGUUCAACAAAUGAUAAGGAUAUUGCAAACUUGGACUUGGAGGAUUGGGCAUGACUCGACGGGAAUCUUGGACCUCUCAUUUGACGAGGAUAAGAUAACAGUGGCCCCACACACUGCCAUGUGUACACCCAUUCUUCUGCUUUGCUAUGCGCACCCUAUUCACACCAAAUAA